AUGCCAGCCAAGAUGGGUCCUCAAAUCGUUCUGCCAUACGACAUAGAAGACGUCACGGCAGACGAGGAUAAAAUAAUAAAAAGGUGCUUAUUAGGCUACACCAGACCAUUCGUGAAAUGCGGUAAGAAGGGCUACGUGAUGCCGGGCGCGUUCAGGAAACACGCAGAUGCCAUCUACAACAUGAAAGUUAGACCCGAUGAUAUUUGGGUCAUCACUUUCCCGAGAUCAGGUACAACGUGGACGCAAGAAUUAAUUUGGCUGGUGGAAAAUAAUUUGAAUUAUAACGCUGCAAGAGAACGACCCCUUUACGAAAGAUUUCCAAUGCUAGAAACAACCAGCCAGAUACCGGAAAUAGCGUACGAGUUCAUAAAAGCGAAUUUCAUGAAUUUGGGCAGCUUCCAAGGGCUUACGGAAGCGGCCCGGUACCCUAGCUGGAAGAUGAUAGAGGAGAUGCCUUCCCCGAGAUUCAUAAAGACACACCUGCCAUUAUCCCUGCUGCCGCCGACCCUGCUGGAGACGGCAAAGGUCGUGUACGUGGCCAGGGAUCCAAGGGAUGUUGUGGUUUCAUAUUAUUAUCUACACAAAAUGGUCAGCAAGCAUUUGAUGAGGGCUACGUUUCACGACUUCUGGGAGGCCUUCAGAAGAGAUCUGUUACCUUGGACCCCAAUAGUAGCACACACAAACGAGGCCUGGGUCCAUCGAUACCAUCCGAACAUGCACUUUGUGUUUUAUGAAGAUAUGAUUAAGGAUCUGCCCAAGGAAAUCCGUCGAGUCUGUAAGUUCUUGCAGAGGUGCUACACGGACGACCAAGUGAAGGCGCUCUCAGAGCAUCUCAGUUUUGAGAGCUUAAGAAAAAACAAGAAUGUUAACAAUACUACCGGCGAAGAGAAUAAUGGAGUGCAGUUUGUAAGGAAAGGUGAAGCCGGUGGUUGGAAGUCGCAUUUUGACGAAGUGAUGACGUCACAAGCCGAAGACUUCCUCAUAUCGCGACUGAAACAUCUAGAUCUCGUGUACCCGUCGUUGGAAAACGGGGAGACCACACAUCUAUAG